AUGGUGAAAGGUGACAUAGAAAAUGGUAACCAAAACCAGUUGUAUCCGGGGAUGAUGGAGUCGCCACAGAUACGCUGGGCCUUUAUAAGAAAAGUUUACGCCAUUUUAUCCGUACAGUUUCUUUUGACUGUUGUGGUUGCUGCGGUUGUCGUCUUUGUCGAACCCAUCCCCAACUUCUUCGCUAAAAGUGGGACGCCUGGCCUUGCCGUCUAUAUUGUCAUCCUUAUCCUUCCCUUUCUCCUGUUGUGCCCUUUGUACGUUUAUCACAAGCAUCAUCCAUGGAAUUUUAUCCUUCUCAUGCUGUUUACAAUAAACAUUUCGUUUGCUGUGGGACUUUCUUGCGCCUUUACGGAAGGGAAAAUAGUUUUGCAAGCUGCAAUUUUGACCAGUGUUGUGCUUGUUAGCCUUACUCUCUACACUUUCUGGGCUGUGAAAAGAGGCAAGGAUUUCAGCUUUCUGGGACCCUUUUUGUUUGCUUCCCUUCUGGUGCUUCUUGUUUUCGCAUUCAUCCAGAUGGUUUUCCCUCUUGGAAAGCUAUCACAUGCAAUAUAUGGGGGCUUGGCGUCUCUUAUAUUCUGUGGCUACAUCAUCUAUGACACAAACAACCUGAUCAAGCGUUACACCUACGACGAAUAUAUAAUGGCUUCAGUGGCUCUUUAUCUUGAUGUUGUCAACCUCUUCUUUUCCCUCCUUACCUUAUUCAGAGCUACAAACUGACAACCUGAUCAAGCGUAACAA